AUGAUGACGACGAGCUACCCUCCGCACAAUGGCGGCAUGCAUCCCCAAGGACUGCCACCUGGGCACCCCAUGGCUGGCGGAGGACCGAAUCCAGGCCAGCAUAUGCCACCAGGCAUGCACCCCGGCGUCUCAGGCCCCAACGGUCCCGUCAGCCAGGCAGGACCCAUGAUGGGUAUGCAGCCCGGCAUGGGACCAAACGCCCAUGCGCUCUCACACUUGCAGCCCCAGCAGGCCCAGAUGUUCCAACAGCAGCAGCAGCAGCAGCAGCAGCAGCAGCAGCAACAGCAGCAACAGCAUCCAGGAAUGAUGAAUCCUGCAAUGAUGCAGCAACAAAGAAGCGCUCAGCAGCAUGCUUUCAUGCGGCAACAGCAACAGCAACAAAUGCUUGCUCAGCAACAGGGCGGAAUGGGCAUGGGAUUUCCAAACACUAUGGGUGGCAUGACCCCACAUCAACUGCAACAGCUACGCGCUCAACAGAUGGGACAGCAGUCGUUUGUCCAAUUGCCUCCACAUUUGCAGCAAUUACAGCAGCAGCAGCAGCAGCAGCAGCAGCAGCAGCAACAGCAACAACAACAACAGCAGCAGCAACAGCAGCAGCAGCAGCAAAUGGCAAACCAACAGGGAGGCAAUCCUCAGCAGCAGGCUGCUGCUUUAGCACAGGCUCAGGCCGCCCAUCAAGCUCAGCAAGCUCAGCAGCAGCAUAUGCAUCAACAGCAAGCAAUUGCUAUGCAACACGCGCAAUCGCAGUCAAGCAACCAUAGUCAGUCAGGGAAUCAGGGACCGCCGGCGACAUCACAACCUCAACAAGGUCCAUUGCGCCCUCCGUCUGCAAUGAGCCACCAAGGACAGGCUUCGCCAGCCGCACCACCCCAACCCCCACAGCAGCCACAACUACAGCAGCAACCGCCGCAACAGCAACAGCAACAGCAACAGCAACAGCAACAGCAACAGCAACAACAACAGCAACAGCAACAGCAGCAGCAGCAACAACAACAACAGCAGCAGCAACAACAGCAACAUCAGCAACAACAGCAACAGCAGCAACAACAGCAACAGCAGCAACAACAGCAACAUACUCAACAGUCUGGCCCCCCGUCUCAGCAACACACACCAGCACCGGCUCAGCCACCAAAUUUACCCCAGCAACCGGGUCAGCAGCUCCAGAUCCAAGGCCAAAUGCAGCAGCGUAACGCUGCGAUGGCACAGCAAGCUCAGGCACAGCAAGCUCAGGCACAGCAAGCUCAGGCACAGAGUGCUCAAGCCCAGGCUCAAGCACAAGCACAGUCGCAAGCACAGGCCCAGGCGCAAGCUCGAACUCUAGCUAUGAUGAAGCAGACCCAGGCGCAGUCUGGCGGGCAGGGAACACUGAAAUUGAUGAACUUUGUAGAUCAGUUGGGAAAGUUCACCUCACGUGGUGAAGACAAUGCGGUCAACUUGUGGCAAAGCUUUGUGGACAAGUUCUUCAAUGAGAGCGGGUCCUUCAUUCACGUGCUUUAUUCUUCUGCUAAGGAGCGCACAAAGCAAUUUGAGAUCGUAUGCGCCGCACUACCACGUUAUUUCUACACAGUCUUCAACACGGACAUUCAGAACAUCCAGAUCACAUUAGACGGAGCCAAGGAGAACACCGGAUCUGGUGAGACUAAAGUCACCUGCGACCGAGCGAAAUUCAUCUACACAUAUGAGAACCAAUGCCAGGUCGUGUAUACUGGGAAGUUGACCGCGUUUUGGUCAGGCUCCGAUAAGAUGGAAUGGCUGCAGUUUGAAGGACAAGGCCAUCAACAGUAUAUUCCACGCAGCGCCCUGGAGCAGUUGUUCCUACAGCCAUCAUCUCCCAACCCGAUGAACCCAAAUCAAUCUCCACGUAUGAACAAAAAUGCAGCCAAGAACAAACAGCAGCAACAGCGCAACGCACUCGAACCGCAAGAACCGUACCUACCUCUGUCCAAGCUGCUCAGUACCGGCGUUACCGACCUUGGCAUACCUCCCGCCCUGCAGCAUUAUCUUGAGAUCUACGAAACGAUGAACAAUAUGUCAAGUUUAAUGACACAUUACCUCGAGAACUCCAACAUGAAGCCAAGCGAAGCACUUGAAUCCUGGAAUAGCAUGAUGCAGAACACACCCGCUGCUAUGGGCCAACAAAAUCCACUGAUGCAAGGGCCACCAAUUCCUGGACAGCCGCAGGGAAAUAUGCCUCCCGGCGCUCGAGGCCCACAGGGGCCGGGGCAGCCCGGCCAACCAAUGUUCAUGUCCCCAGCCAUGGCGAACCAACUACUCCCCAACGGAGCAAUGAACGGAUCGCCUCACAUGAUGCACACGCCAUCCCCUGCAUCGCAUCCAAUGGUCAAGCAACACAGCACGAGUUCACACACAGCUAGCGUUAACACCUCACCCAACAUCACUGGCAAGCGACGGCGGAGUACAGUGAAGAUAGACCAGGACGACGAGGGGCCUAAGGUCAAGCAAAGUCCACGGGUAGGAGGCGGCAAGAGAAUGAAGGCAGGCAAUUGA